CUCGUUUCUUUGGCAAAAAUGAAAGGGAGCGAGCAGAUUGGAGACUGGGCCCAUUCCAUUUCUAACCAUUUGUACUGGGCCGCUUCGACAAGUGAUGGGGAUGGUGAGUUGGUGGUGCAAAAACCAAUCUCAAACCAUGUCUGUGAUAAACAUGAAGGCCAUGGAGACCGUUUCCCAGCAUGUCAGCAUGCAGCGCUGGACAAGUCAAGAAACUGGAUUCUGCCAGGCUCUAAAGUACACAAGGAGCUAAAGAUGAUUGUAUCCAACAAGUACAUCACCAAAGACAUCAAACUUCUGUCUCCAAGAGAACAAACAUCACAGCUAGAAUCCUUCCACAGCCUUGUGUGCCAGUUUGUUCCCAAAUCGUUGCACUACUUUUAUGAUGCCAUGAAAGCAAGAUAUAUACAGCAGCUACUGAUUCUGCACAACAUUUACAAGAUUUUGUGUAGACAUGCAUAAUCUUUUGACUGGCUCAUGAUAUAUCUGAAAUGUCUUACGUUUUACAUAGACACUCCACAAA